AUGGAUUCAACAACCAACCUUAUAGAUCGAACUGAUGGCUACAGACCAGAAAUUAACUACCUGGUAGCCGGUGCCAGCGGGUGCGGGAAAACCACAUUCCUCGAACGGAUUACGAUAGGCAAGAUUGGUGGUGAUGACUUCCGAGUCCCCAACAAACCAUUCGUGCUCACCAAUUCCGCACAAGAGAAUUCGCCGCUUCUGAAUUUUCACGAGAGUGAGUGUGUAGAUCUAGAGCAGAAGAAAGUGCGACCAGAGGUCCUCGUACUAUGCUAUGAUAUCGGCAAUCCAGCUUCGUUAGAGGAGUUAGACCCUAUCAACCGGGAGGUAGCUAGGAUCUACGGCGCCGAUAUUGCAGUUGUGGUUAUCGGCCUCAAGAGGGAUUUACGACAUGAAAAGCAGGAAGGGGAGUUCAUUGACCCGUUGGUAGGAUAUAAAACAGCACAGGCCUUGGAGGGUGCUAUGUACUUGGAAUGCAGCGCGACAACUGAGGAACUUAUUCCUGCUGUUGUUGAGGAUUUGGUGAAGAAGGGAUUGGAUGUUAAGACAGGGAAGGCGUAUCAGGCGUCGGGGAUAGGGAACUGUAUUGUUUGUUAA